CCUCUCUCUAUAUAUACAUAUGGCUUUGAAUUCAUGAAAAUCACGUUCUCAAGGUCACGUCAACUUCGAAAACUCUUUUCAUCAUUAUUAUCAUCCACAACCAAAGACUUUUAAGCCUCAUACAAUCACAACCACAACCUAUCUCGUAAAGUGCUAUAACUAUAUCUAGCGCUAGUUAUAACAGUUAGGAGUACUGAACAAACGAAAUAAACAUGAGUAAUUGCUUGCAAAGCUGGCCGGAGCCAAUUGUCCGAGUUCAAGGACUCUCGGAAAGUGGCAUUCGAGAAAUCCCCGACCGGUACGUGAAACGACCAGCGGAUCGUCCAUGUUUCAAGGAGACAACAACGUUGUCGUCAUCAUCACAUGUACUUGAUAAUAUUCCGUUAAUUAACCUUGAAAACUUGAAGUCAUCGGAUGAAUCCAUUCGUGAUGAGACAAUAGAACUCAUUUCCAAGGCUUGUCGCGAAUGGGGUUUCUUCCAGGUGGUGAACCACGGCAUUAGCCAUGAACUCAUGGCUAACGCACGUGGUGUUUGGCGGGAGUUCUUUCAUCUCCCGCCAGAGGAAAAGCAGAAGUUUGCAAAUUCACCGGUUACUUAUGAAGGAUAUGGAAGCAGACUUGGAGUGGAAAAAGGUGGAAAAUUGGAUUGGAGUGAUUAUUUCUUCCUUCAUUAUCUCCCCGAGCCUUUGAGGGAUGACAAAAAAUGGCCUUCCCUUCCCAUUACAUGCAGGAAAAUAAUUGCUGAAUAUGGACAAGAAGCAGUGAAAUUAUGUCGAAAAAUAACAAAUAUCUUGUCGAUUAACCUUGGAUUAAAUGAAAAUUAUCUACACACAAAAUUUGGUGGAGACAAUGAAAGAGGUGCAUGUUUAAGGGUUAAUUUUUACCCUAAAUGUCCCCAGCCUGACCUAACACUUGGACUCUCUUCCCACUCUGAUCCUGGUGGCAUGACCCUUCUCCUCCCCGAUACCGACGUCCCCGGCCUCCAAGUCCGUCGUGGUGAUGACUGGAUAACGGUUAAGCCGGUUCCUAAUGCCUUCAUCGUCAAUAUUGGAGAUCAAAUUCAGGUACUAAGCAAUGCAAUAUACAAGAGCAUAGAGCAUCGUGUGAUCGUUAAUUCAGGGAAAGAACGUGUCUCUUUAGCAUUUUUCUACAAUCCAGGAGGUGACAUCCUAAUUAAACCUGCAGAUGAACUUGUGACGGAGGAUCAGCCGGCGUUAUAUUUACCGACGACGUUCAACGAGUAUCGAGCUUUCAUUAGAACCAACGGACCUAGAGGAAAAUCUCAAGUUGAAUCACUAAAAUCGCCAAGAUAAAUGUCCUUUAGCAUGACUCUGACACGCACAAAACGAGAAAUGAUUCAAUUAUCAAGAUAACUAAAUUACUUUUUAUAUGUUACUGUGUAUAUAUGCCAAUUGGUAUAACAUAACACAGUAAAUACCCUAUGUCCCUAUGUGAUGUAAUAAUACAAUAUGUGCUGUCAUAUUCCUAUGUGUUUUCAAAUCUUUUGUCAAAUUCACUUUGUUUUGUGAAAUCUUGUAUUCAUCCCUUCAAUAGAUAUAUGGUUCAUCUAAUUAAUAAAAUAUUAUGGUAUUAAUUGU